CCAAAAGUAAUCAUUACAUUUCUACGAGUGGUCUUUUCAGAUUGCCGUAAAUUAACCUUUUUAUCAUUAAUUUAAUUAUCAUUAAAUAUAAUAAAAUCACCAUUAAAAAGGUCAAUGAAGGUCAAGCAAAGAAAAAGGGGCAGUUAUUAUAUUACUUACCAAGGGGCGUGACUCUUUGAUUUUGAAUAUAUAUACCAUACAAAAUUGUCAACACAAGUCAGAAAGCGAGCGAGAAACCCUCCGUGCCCUUUCGCCGGCGAAUUAUAUAGACGGUGUUUUCAUAGUCGAAGUCUUCUUCUUCUUCCUCUCUCUCUUUCUCUCGCCGUCAUCUCCUUCGUAGGUAUGAACGGCGGACGCAGUAAAAGACCAAUAUCAUCAGGUUUAGGCAGAGGAACCAUGGCUAAAACCUCUGUAAAGAAGAGCAAGUUGACGGAAUCCGAUUGGAUUAGUGGUUUACCAGAUGAUUUGCUACGUCAGAUCCUCUCGAAAGUCUCUACCAAGGAAUCGGUUAGCACAAGCGUUAUGUCAAAGCGAUGGAGAAAUCUCUGGAAACACGUGCCUGCCUUGGACUUGGACUCCAGUAAAUUCACUGAUGAAUGGGACUUGGAGGAUUUCUUUGAUAGCUUUGUGGAGUCUGAUGAAAAUCUAAAGAUGAAGAGGUUCAAGUGGAUUUACAAUGUUGAAGAGCAUUUUCACUCUGCUUUCGUGUCUCGGAUCGAUCUUGUGGUCAAUCGUGGAGUUUGUGAUUUUACUCUUCUGAGUAAGGUUAAUACUGAGGAAGAGUCAGUCCGGAUGCCUCUCUCCCUCUACUCAUGUGCGACUCUGGUGAAUUUAACUCUCUAUGGUGUAGUCUUCGAUGCGCCUCUAUCAGAAUUGGUUUCUUUACCUUGCCUCAAGACUAUGCAUCUCGAGGCUGUCAAGUUUGACGGAGAAUCAAUUCUUGAGGCACUCAUAUCAAGUUGCUCUGUUCUCGACGAAUUAAUCAUAGUUACGCAUCAUGAUGAUUUUCUCGGAGUUGUAUGUGUGCGCUCUCCGUCACUAAGACGCUUCAAACUAGAGUCUAUGCGUGAGGAAUAUGAGGAAUGUGAAGAUCCUGAUGUUGAAAUCGAUGCCCCCAAACUUGAGUACAUGAGCAUCACUGAUUAUCAAUCCGAGAGUUUCAUAAUACACAAUGUAUCUCCUUGUGCAAAGGUGAACAUUGAUCUUGUCUUUGAUGUGGAGGAGGAUGAUGAUUUUAUGAUCCAUGAUUUUCUCACCGCCAUAUCCACAGUUCGUGAAUUGACAAUCUCUGCUCGAACUCUAGAGAUGAUCCAUGAAUACUCGGAAAUGGAAUCCGUACCUCAGUUCUCUAACUUGUCUUGUUUGCAUGCUACGUUCUCUGAAUCUUCUUGGGAAAUGUUUCCAACAUUUCUUGGUUGCUGCCCAAAUCUACACUCACUUGACUUGGAAUUUGACUACCUUCCAAAGAAGGAGAAGAAUAAUCUUUCAUUUGUUCCUCAGUGUUUUCAAUCAUCUCUCGAGUUUGUUCAAUUGAAGGCACCAAUCACAGUGACUGAGAUACCAAGCAAGAUGGAACUAGCAAUAUACUUUAUAAGGAAUAGUGUAGUUUUGAAGAAACUGAUGCUAAAUGAAAGUUUUGGAGAAGUCAUGAACAAAGUCAGAAAGAUUCCAAAACGGGCAAGUGGGUGUGAAGUUGUCAUGCUUAAGCCAGCGUGCGGGGAUGUUUCUGAUGGAUCCAGUUUAUUACCAAUGAUCUACAAAGACAUGUUCAUUCCAAAAGUACUUGAUCAGUAAUCAAGUGGAAGAUCUUUUAGACUUGUUGUGGACAUGAAUCUUGGGUCUGACCAAGACGUUGUUUGUUUUUUUGCUAAGUUGAACCUUGAUUUGAUCGACUUUGGUGGAAACUUUUGUAAAUUCUCAUCGAGAUUUCUAGUGAGGAAAUAUGACUAUCACUUGCUUUUUAUA